UAGAGAGAGAAAGACAGAGAGAGAGAGUGUCUUUGUGGGGGUGGAGUGGGAGGGUGUGGCACAGUGGCAGUAGGCCAGUCCCACCGCCUCCUUUUGCCAUAAAUGGACACUCCCUCUCUCUCUCUCUCUCCAUAGUUUCUCACACCAACUUCUCCUAUUUCACUUCUCCUUUUUUUAUUGCUCUCUCUCUCUCUCUCUCUCUCUCUCUCCUAAACAUUUUCUUCUUCUUCUUUACUGUCACUUCUCCUAUUCCCAAGCUAACUCCAGAACUCUCUCUUUCAAUCUUUUCCUUCGUAUUUCUUAGCUUUUUUGAAAUGCAGGGAGUUUUUGCCUGAAUUUCUUUGAGUUUUUGUAUUCGAGGAAAUGGGAGCUGAUCACGGCGCUGAACAACUUCAGCAGCGUUCAUCCGAACAAACUUCUGCUUCUCUUCCACUUCAGAAUCAGAAGGCUGAAGGGUCAAUGAACAUAACCGAAGAAACACAACAAGCUCAUCCCUGGAAGCGGCAAAACCUCUUCCUGGAGAUCCCCUCCAGACCAUCAGAUGCAUCCUCACCAGAUUUUGUUGGAAUAAAGAUGCCAUCAACAACACCUAGUCCUACCCCGAGGAAAGUAAAUUUUCUCCUGACACCCGAUUCUGCCGCAGCAAGGACUAAUGGAUCUCCCGGACCAUCUUCCUCUAGGGCCAAAUCAUCCAUAAAAGGCCUCUUUCCAAAACUCAGCUUCAAGUCUCGAACUUCUUCAGAUAUUGAGAAGGCUGAAAACUUGCCAUCAGAAGCAUCUGCUGCAGGAACACGAGAGAAGCCUGCAAUCGCAAGGUCAUUGUCCCUUACAAAGCUAUUCACACCUAGGAUAAACAGAACAUCAUCUCUACCGGUAACUCAAAUUAUGGAUUCAAACCCAGAGUCCACACCUGGUGGAAGUGUAGGUGGCACCCCAAGCCGAAUCAGAAAAGGAGAUCAGAAUCGAAAUAUAGCUCGUUCACUUUCAGUCCCCGUCAAUAGUAAAGAAAAAAGCAUGAGGAGAAUGGAUUCAUUUUUUCGUGUAAUUCCUUCCACUCCCCGAGUGAAAGACGGAGAUGUGAUUUCAAUUUCGUCGCCAACAGUUGAUGCUGAAAAUGACGAUGCCAAUGGUGAAGACAUACCCGAAGAAGAGGCUGUAUGUAGAAUUUGUAUGGUUGAACUAUGUGAAGGGGGUGAGACUCUGAAGAUGGAAUGCAGCUGCAAAGGCGAACUUGCUCUGGCCCACAAAGAAUGUGCCAUAAAAUGGUUCAGCAUCAAAGGUAACAAGACCUGUGAUGUUUGCAAGCAAGAGGUUCGGAACCUAUCUGUCACCCUUUUACGAAUCCAAAGCAUCCAAACUCGAAACACUGGAGCUGGUAUAUCUCAGAUAGCAGAUGCUAGUGGAUUCAGGGUUUGGCAGGAAGUGCCUGUGCUUGUCAUUGUCAGCAUGCUUGCCUACUUUUGUUUUCUUGAGCAGUUGCUGGUGGGUAAAAUGGAUACAGGAGCAAUUGCCAUAUCUCUGCCAUUUUCCUGUGUACUGGGUCUCCUCUCAUCUAUGACUGCAUCAACCAUGGUGAAGAGAAGAUUUGUCUGGGUUUACGCAUCGAUUCAAUUUGCUCUGGUGGUUCUUUUUGCUCAUAUAUUUUACUCCUUGAUUCAUGUGCAAGCAGUUUUGUGUAUUCUGCUUGCAACAUUUGCUGGGCUCGGUGUUUCCAUGAGCGGGAGCUCCAUCAUUGUUGAGUUCUUGAGAUGGAAAAGAAGAUGGCGAGCUUCAUCGCAGCAGAGCCACGCUCCCCAAGUAAUGCGGUGAGUGGUGACCAGGCCAAGCCAAUCCCAGGAACUGUAAAAAAUUCAGAUAGGGUAUAUAGCCUCCAAACUGUAGGCCAAAUCCCAGGUACUUUCAGUAGGAGUUGAGUUAGUUAUUGAUGGUUCAUACAAUAUAUUUUAAGCAGUUGUGGAGAACUUAUUUCAAUCUAGACGAGAGCAUUCUUGAUUUUGGUAAUAUGGGCUGCUACUUGCCAGGAUCUUAAAUAUUUUUACACCAAUUGUACAGGCUUCUAUUUGUAGUGUCAAUCAGAUGCUUAAGAAGAAAGUUUAAAAUGAAAUCUCAUGCUUGACAUAAAUUCUCAGUUGAAAAUGCCCAACACGACUAAUUGAUGAUGUUGUUGAUGAAGAUGAUGAUGAUGAUCAUGUCGUAAGUUUCAACAUUGUCACGCGGUAGUGUGAUCUGACCAAAUUUGAGAUGAGCGACGUUUCUAUUAAACUUGUUCAACACUUGUCAUCUCCAUAAAUGCUUCACAAUUUGUUUAUUUAUUACAGUAUUCAUUACAAAUGUGAAUGAUUCAACUUCUUUUCUUAGCUUAUCCAGUUUGGUUACCAAUUUUGAGGCGAACCCAUUCUAUA